AAUAAAACUGAUUUAAUGAUCGCGAAGAAAGCUUGAGGGGUGACCCGGCCGGGCGGGUGACCCGGUCGGCAGGGAAUUACGUUAUCUUACAGACGUUGUGGGCAGGUUACGGACACAUCUGCGCAAUUACCGCCCGAGCUACCACCGACGAAGUCGCAGGGCAUCUUAGCAAGCUUUGCGGGGUUGGAUCAGGAGCCGCGGGGACCACUUAUCCUCUGAUCCUGAAGCUCAUCUCACCUCCAAAGAAAAGCGCUGGCUAUGAAGAUAAAGAUGAGGGCCAUCUGCGAAAGAUGCUGAGUUACGAGGUGGAGCAGUUCUUUUACAGUGAGGUGGUUCCGCUGCUGGGCGACGAGAUUGCUGUUGCCAAAUGUCUUGCCUCGACGCGAGGCAUGGACGGCAAGGAAGGCGAGGAGGAACUGCGAGGUCUGAUGGCUACCAUCAUGGUCGAUCUGCGUCCAAGGUUUCCAGUCGCAGGCGAAAAGAGGGGCGAACUGAACCGUACACAAGUGCAUGGGGCGUUAGACUGGCUGGCCGGCUUCCACCGCCGUUCAUGGGAACUGCUGCCAGAUAGUCUUGAUAUUGACAAGUAUGUCUUGCCACCGCUUGAAGAAUCCAGUAGAAGACAGAGCGCAGCCAAGGAUAUUGAGAGCGGGCUGUGGCUCAACGGAGGGUACACGUACCUUGCGACACGACGUAAAGAAUACGCUUCUCUAGCUCAAGAUACAGAGUCGGAGUGGUCAGAAGCCCUGUGCAAGGCUCCGGAAGGCUCCUCAUUAUCUGUCGCUGAGAUGGUUGCUUUAUUUCUCACCCCCUGUGGAAGGUCGAUUGAGUCGUAUAUUCAUGGCGACGUCAAGUCGGAGAAUCUCUUCACAACAACUAAUGGAGACGGGGUGGCAUUCUUUGACUUCCAAUACAUCGGGCUGGGUCUGGGAGUCUGUGACCUCGCUAAACUGUUUACAUGCUCGGUUCCUCUGCAUAUGCUUGUUGAUGCCAACGAGCCUUUGCCCGAGCAGCUGACGAUGCGUGAUGGCGAGAGGCGACUGUUAAAGCGGUACCACACGAUUCUCCUCCGGGAUAAGGAACCAGCCCGGUAUGAAUGGGAAACAUUCAUACGACACUGGGAAACGGCCCUGGUUGACUGGUGCAGAUUCCAGGCUUCCUGGGGCUUUUGGGGAAAUACUGAAUGGCUUGAGGCCCGUGUGAGAUCGAUUUUGAGCGACCCGGAGUGGAGAGAAUGGCUGCAUCAGAACAUCAGCAGUCGGGAUGGUUGAUAUGAGAUUCCAAUCCCAAUAAAGCAAUUGGAGUUUCGAGGGCUUGAGCAGUACAUUUUCACACACUUACUAAAUGGUUAGUGUUCAGCACAGUUCACGGGUCUGCCGAGUUCCAGCUCGCCGUGGUUCGAAUUAGAAUAUAUAUCAAGGUACAUAUAAGCUCGCAAGUAAUUAGAAACGAAUAGAUCAAAUAG